AAGGGUUGCUUCUCGGUCCGACAGCACUUGAACGCGGCAUUAAAGCGACACUGGUGCCAAACUGGAUCCAGUUCAUAUUGAUCCAGAGCGACAGACGGAGACCGAGGGGCGACCAUGUUUGAAAAUGUCCCAACAGGGUCCUCGGCGGAGCGUCAGCAGGUUCUGGGAGCUCUGGAGCGUCUGCAGGCCAAACUGGUCCAGAGGGAAGAGUGGACCCACAGUGAAACGAUGGGAAGCCUGAGGGAGACCCUGCAGAGUCCGCUGUUCAGCCACAUCCUGACCCUGCAGCACUCCAUCAAACAGCUGCGGAACCAGCUGAGCAGCAUGCCGCCCGAUGCCAACAGUGACUUCAGUUUCUCCAAAAAGGGUCAGCUGAUCAUGAGCGCCGUCAAUCCACCCGGCAGCUCGGCCCCGCCCACCCUGUCCGCCUCAUCCUCCCUCCUGACCAAUGGCUCGUCUCCGCCCAUCCAUCAGACACCGCCCUUGUCUGACCCCGUCCUGCAGAAGUGGAUCCUCGCCGCCGCCAAGGGCCGUCACACAGAGCUGUGUCAGCUGACUCGGCCUCUGUCUGGAGGUCUGGGCUUCAGCGUGGUCGGUCUGAAUCUCGCAGGAAGCAGCAGUCAGGCCGUCUUCGUCAAACACAUCCAGCCUGGAGGCAUCGCACACAGGGACGGCCGUCUCCAGGAGAGGGACCAGAUCCUGGUAAUAAACGGCGUUCCUCUGGAGCCGGGGAUCAGCCAGCAGCAGGCGCUCACCCUCCUGCAGCAGCCUGGAGAGGCGGUGGAGCUGGUGGUGGCCAGGGACCGCCCACGCAACGCGACAUCGUCACCCGCCGCCUCCGCCAGCACGGACCAGUGGGGUCACGUGGAGGAAAUCGAGCUGGUCAACGAUGGAUCCGGUCUGGGCUUCGGCAUCGUGGGAGGGAGGACGACCGGAGUGGUGGUCAGGACGCUCCUCCCAGACAGCGUGGCAGACAAGGACGGGCGUCUCCGCACAGGUGACCACAUUCUUCGCAUCGGGGCGACGCCCACCAGCAACCUCACCAGUGACCAGGUCGUCAAGGUGCUGCAGGGGUGUGGGAGCCAGGUGACGCUGCUGAUCGCCAGGGAUCCCCGGGGUCAAAGGUCAACAGCCCCGCCUCCCCCACCACCUCCUGAUUCGGCCCCCGUCUCCUCCUUAUCCCCCCGCGCCCCGGGCCUAGCGCCCCAACGUCGACUCAGCAAAGCGCCCAACCUAGAGGGAUAUGAGAUCCACGAGGUUCCUCUAACCAAGAACGACGGCCAGAGCCUCGGCAUCUCCAUCAUCGGCUACAACCCUCUGACCAGCCAAGAUGCAGUAGGUGUGUUUGUGAAACAAGUGGUUCCAGGCAGCGCUGCAGAUCACAGCGGAAACAUCCGAAUCCACGACCGACUGCUCGCUUUGGAUGGCGUCAGUCUCCACGGCCUGUCCAAUCAGGAGGUUAUGGAGGUGAUGAGGCAGACGGGUCGGACUGUCGUCCUCAGUGUGAUCAGGAAGAAACCCAGAACCCUGGAGAGGUCCCUGGAUAAAGUGGCGAGGGAGUCGUCUCGUCUGUCAUCAAGGAGGUCAUUGGAGGUCAGAGCCCGUUCGUCUGGGGUUGGUUUAACAACGCCAAGUCUCGAACCGACGUACCUGAACGCAGCACAGCUAGAAAGGGCUACAGAUGCAGAACUGUGGGCUAAAUGGGAGCAGGCGCUGGGACCAAAGUACCAAGUUCUGGUGGUGAAGUUGGAUCCUGUAAUUGAAGACGAUGCAGAGCUGCAAAAAUCCUCCAAGCUGCUGCCUGUCCACACUGUGCGUCUUGGUGUAGAGCUGGACUCGUUCGAUGGUCACCACUACAUCUCCUCUGUGGUCCCUGGAGGCCCCGUGGACAAACAUGGAGUCUUGAGACCAGAGGACGAGCUCCUGGAGGUGAAUGAUGUGCAGCUGUACAGUAAGUCUCGUCGAGAAGUGGUGUCGUUCCUCAAAGAAGUGCCUCCUCCGUUUACUUUGGUCUGCUGCCGACACCCGACCUCUGACCUGGAACCAGAACCACAAUCUGAAUCUGAACAUGAACCUGUUCUACGACCUGGACCUGGUCCAGGACCAGUAAGACAGCCACAACCCAGUGUGGAGGAGAUCGAGCUGAAGCUGUCCUCGAUGCUCUGCAGACAGACGGACCUGAGAGAGAGCCUCAUUGAACAGCAACAGGUAGUUAGACAGGAGGAGCAGGUAUCCCCUGUGGAGGAGGUGCUGAUGGAGGCUCAACACAACCAGGAGGAGGAGGAGGAGGAGGAGGAGGAGCUGGGUGAAGAUGAAGGGGAGCUGGCUCAUUGGUCUCCAGAUGUUCAGAUCCUUGAGCUUCAGAAGGAGAGAGACAAAGGCCUCGGCUUCAGCAUCCUCGAUUACCAGGUAAGGACAACACUGUCCUCCACCUGCUGCUGCUGUCAUUCUGUCUCUUUACAUUAUCAUUUACAUUUCAGACCAAAUAAUAAACAGCACAUUGCAUCAUACGAAACAAUAAUAGGCGCACAGAACUGUGAUUGAUCCUGAAAUUCAUACUGAAUUUGAAUGCAGAAUGUUCUUUUUUAAAAUCACAUUUUUGUACGAAAUGUGCCAGACGUCUGCUGAUUCCAGGAGGCAACCGCUGGGUCUGAAAAGUAAAACCAAUUGUGGAGGUGCAUUGAACUUGCAUUCUUUCUAAUGGCCAUUAGGGGGCGACACCUAUUUAGAGUCAAAUGGACCAUAAAGCAGGGGAUGCUUUAGGGCGGGCUUACUGUGAUUGACAGGUGGCUGCCACGGCGUCGUCUGUUCUGGGAGUUGUACGUGUUUUCACUUCAUGAAAGUCAAUUGUGACAUUUGUCGCCUGAAAAUGUCUCAAUCAGCGCUCGGUCUUACUUAGCUCCACCCUGUCACGUCACUCCUGGUUACAAAAAGCCAAGAUGGCCAAAAGGCCAAACUCAAGGCUUCUAAUCUGAAGUCCACAAACCAAGGAGAGACGUCACAACGAUGACGUCACUGUCUUAGAUUACAGUCUACGGCCGAUUCCAGCUUUUCAAGUGUGAGGGUUCGAUGCUUUAUCAGUAAACUUAAUGUCUUUAGGUAUUGUACUCUUGGCUGAACACAACAAGGCACUUUAAGAUGUGAUUUGAAAUUAUGAAAGCCCAGUUUUCAUUAUUUUCUGACUUAAAUUAUUCUGGAUCUGGAUGAGGGCUCACAUGCUCAGUCCACUCUGAGUACCAUUAAGGACUCUUUCUUUCCCCCAAGAAAGACAUUUUAUCAAGUCAAGUUUAGUGUUGCUGGAAAUAAAUAAUUUAGUGCUGCCAAUUUCUGUUAGUUAGUAGGUGAUGGCCUGUACAUUAGAUACAGUCUUUGAAUUUAUUGCAAUCGCUGUGUGAAAUAGCACUUAUGGUCUUUUCUUCAAAGGUUAAUGUUUUAUUUCAUAAACAUUGUCUAUUUUAUAUUCUGUUAGCGAUGUGCUCUUUGUUCCCAGUGAUUCCACCUCUGCUAUGUAACAAUGCAGUGGGGAACAGAAAUGUCCGUACAAUACUUUACAACUCUAACAGUUGUUGAGACCAAAGUGUUGGAGUGGACUAAAAACGGUCCGUCUGACGUCUCUAAAAAUCACAACAACAAAAAGAAGAACAGGAACCCACAGAAGCAGUCUCACACGGAGUUAAUUAGCUCCCUGUGGUUGUUUGGUGAUGAGGUGGAUGAACACAUGCAGGAAGCAGAGAGAGGUGUCUGAGUGAAGCAGUGGACAGCAGGCCAGAGGGUGUGACUCACCCGCUCAACCAGAUCUGUUUUCAGGUCCGUUUGUUUUCUGCACUUAGUUGUAGAAACACAUCAUAAUACAACAUUCAAUUUAGUCGACUCAGCUUUUAUGUCCGAUCUCAUGAAAAUCUCCAAACGUCCACCUGGAUUCAAGGAUGAACUGAUCUAAUUUGGUUGUCAAAUGUCACACGUUUUGGGCCAUCAAGGAUUCACACCAAUGUCUAAUGGGAUGAAAUGAUGAAGUGAAGAGGAUUUUGGACGGACAUGGAUGUAAACCAUUACAUGACCACCCGGCUGUAAUUCUAGUUUUGUUCGGAUGAUGUUAAUAAGAAGAGUAGAUUGUAGAGUUGAAGUUGUAGAGGUUUCUGCCAUUUUCUGGAAGUUUUUCCUUUUGUGAAUGGAGGGUCUGAGGGCAGAGGGUGUCGUAUGCUGGACACAUUGUAAAUUUGUGAUUUUGGUCUUUUAUAAAAACAAAAGUCAGAGGCGGAGUAGGACGAGUCAUCUUUUCGCCAUAGUAGGAAAAAAAAAAAGACGGAAGUAAGAAAAGCAUUAAGAAGUAGAAACUAUAUAAGAGCAUAUAGAGGCUAAAAUUGCAGGGAAAAGGGACAGUGGUGUGAUGAAUAGCAGAUUAAUGCAUCGUAUGAUUAAAGGUGCUAAGUUCUAUUCUGAGCUAAUCAUUGGCUCAGCCGUUGCCAUGUUGAGAGCCGUUUAGAGGCAAUUGAUAUGCUCUAAAUUCCUUUGAGAGAACCUUUUAAGUACCGGACAAAGACGAACAACAGUGCUGCAGUCUGACACACACAAGGACGUGCUCUGAUUGAACUGGAGCCGCAGCUACAGCUCAGAUUAUUGAGACACAUUGAAUUUGGUCGGGGGGGGGGGGGGUGAUAUAUUUAAUGCCCCCCGCGCGCAGUGGACCUGAAGCGAGUUGAAUCGAUUUAAACUUAUCUUUCUUUAGAGUUUUUGUGGUGACUGAAAGAUAUCAUGUUUAGCAUCGCCGCCGUCUGGAGAGUAGCUUUGGGAAACCUGUUCUGUUGAGUUUUGUUCUCCCCCACCCUGCUUCAUCACUUUAGGCUCAGCUUCACCUACAAGACCUCGCCUUCUCCUCGUCUCCUACUCGUCUCCUCCCUCCUCCUCCUCAGUCGGCCCCAGCUGAAGCGGUCGGGGGGGGGGGUUAACUCCCUGUUGGUCUACAUUCACAUCAGCCUGCACAUAUAGCAUCUGCCCAGGGUGCUUGUGUGUGUGGUGUAAAUCGUUAUUUUCUUGACAUUUGAACUACCUGAUAAGACAUGAGAAAUGAGCACUUAAAGUUUAUUUACAUGUAUUCAGAUGAAAUAAGUUGUGCGUGUGUUUUCUUCUUUCCAUGCUGCUAAUGUGGCUUCUCACUUUCCUUCAUUUGCAUCUCCCCUGCUCUUCUGAGGAUGGAGGAGAUGCAUUUGCUCCGCCUAUAAGUCCUCGCCGUGAGCUCCUCCUCUUCCUCCUGUGUCUAAAAACAUGUUCUCCAAACUCAAGGCCUGGCAUGGUAGCAAGCAAGUGUAAUUUACAUCAAUCUUUAAUUAAAUUAUGCCCCAGCAUACAAUGAUGUUUUAGACGACAAUUAUCUUCAAAAAUGUGAGCAAUUGUCUGUUCCCCUGGUGUGUUAUAUAAAUGUUGUAUAAGUCUUACUUUCCUUUCUAGUUUGAAUUAACAAGGUCUUGGAAAAAGGUCCUGACAAUGACAUUUUCAGGCUCUUUUUGUUUAAUUCCUGCACGUUUCCAUUCUUUUAAUAAUCCUUAAUGAACAGUCUCCUCUCCGUGUUACAUCAGACAGCUGCGUGUCCAAGUGUCUGUCAGCGGGACACUAAGCCCCAAGCUGCUCCUCAGGUCGCUACCAGCCCAGCAGGCCACGGCUCCUGGCGCUGAGGAUAGUUUAAAUACAGAGGUUUAAUUUAUGUACAUGGCGAUAAAAUCAAAAGAAAUAAUAUUAAAGUCAUCAUCCAAACUGUAGAAGACACCUAAAUAAAGAAGCAGCAUUGUUCUCAUAUUGGGCGACUGUGACUCGGAGGUAGAGCCCAUCGGAAAAUCUCCGCUUCCAUCCCACAGCUCCUCCGGUCCAUAUGUGGGCCAGACUCUGAAUUAGUUUAGAGUCCUGAAGGCGCCUCUCAGCGCAUGAACGUGUGUGUGUGAAUGGGUGAAUGUUGACAUGUAGCAGAGAACGCUUUGAGUGGUCGGAAGCUAGAAAGGUGCUAUGCAAAAGCAAGUGAGUACUAACUUCUAUAGUAGCCUCCAGGGUCCUCCAGUCCUAAGAUGGGGUGUUUUAGGUCCAGAGGCUGACAGGAAACACUCAGACAGUGACUAAGAGCAACAGUUUAAACGAGACGGGUGACAUAUGGGCAGACAGACGGAUAUAUAGAUGGUUGGUUGUACUUGUACUAGAGUUCCCGUCGUCAGUACAGAGCGUAGUGUUGUAGAGCUGAGCUCUUAACACCUUAACUCUGAACAGGAUGUCUUAAAAAAUGAGCAGGUGGGCUGUGGUGAGACCUCAUUUGUAAGAUUUGUUUGAAUAAAUCAUUUCAGCUAUUGCAGUUGAAUAUAAAGACUUCCUUAAAGGGACAGUUUCUCCAAAUCAUAAAACAAACUAAAAACAAACUUAUAUUCCCACUUCUGUCUCCUAGUAUCGAGCCACGCAGAUGAUUUCUGUUUGUUUUUGUGUCCCGGUAUCGGCUGCUAAUUCUUCUUCUGCUGCUUCAAUGCAAAAAGAGCUGCAUAGAAUUACAUUUUCAGCAUUUUGAAUGAAAACUCUGCAGCAAUGUGUGUUGAAGUGAUCCACAGUGUGACUGUGGAGCCUGAUUUUGUACUUAUCUUGUAUAUGAUCUCAUGUAUCUCACUUCAUUCAGUCUCUAUAGGUCAACACCCUCGUACUGAACAGCCAAUCAAAAACCACAUACUGAUUUCUUGACCUCAUAAAUGAUGUCAUUGUGGGUGUGUGGGUGUCAUGGCUGGUUAGUCUUGGCUUCAGCUUCAGAUCUGGACAAAGCAGCCUGUGUUCAGAGACCAGCUGGAACCAACACACACACACACACACACACACACACAUUUGACUGCUACACUUGUGAGGACCCUCUUUGACAUUAUACAUUUACUAUCUGCUAUCUGUAACGUUAAUCUUAACCAAGUUUUACCCGAAAAAAAGCCUAAAAUUACUUUUCUAAACUUUCUAAAGUUCAGCAGACUCAUGUUAUAAAAUAUCUUACACACAAAAUAGAGAACAUGAAAUGUCUAGAAUGUCUUCUAUGAUGUUCCCAUUUCAAAAAUGUCCUCUCCUAAAAAACUCAUAAAAUAUAGGCUCCAAUACAAAAAUAUCUCACACAAAAGUCAAAAAAUAAAAUGUAUGUUUCACUUUUAAACAUCCUCUUUUUUUCUGAACUGUCCUGACUUUCUAAAGUUCAAGUUUAUUGCUUUCUUUAUGGGAAUGACCUUUGAGAAAUCACUUCUGAACUCGGUUUUCUAGUUAUCUUUUCUUAAUCAUCAUGUAUACGAGAUAUCUGAUUUCCAUACAGGACAUCACUGACAUAAAAUGUCAACACACAAAGGGAAAAGUUAACAUUAUUUCAGAUUUGUCCUCACUUUAAUAAUGUCCUCAUUUUCCAAAGUUGUCCUCACUUUCGUCUCUUAAAUUAUCAAAAUCAAAAAUAACGGAUAUCAUUCUUAGUUUUAACUUUCCGAGAAUAUCCUCACUUUGCAAAAAAAUAUACUUUUUCCAAAACAGUUGGACCUUUUCUCUCAAUUGUGUAACCACGUAAGCCUCGGUGUUCUGCAGUAACCUUUUCCUAAUCAGCACAUA